CACCAUAAACAUAUCAAGGGGUUCUACUCCUACGUGCUGGUUGCGCCGGGUCGUCCAGACUGGAAGCAGAAGAUUGAGCAGGAGAGGGGAAGUUUAAUGGAAGCAUUCGUGCAGACUUCGGCCAAAUCGAAGCGCGAUCAUUAUAUGGUCUCAGCAUCAAAUGUUCCACCACCAGAAAGUGACACGGAAAAGACAGAGAUACAUGAAGCAAUAAAAAUCUUGAUUCUACCACAAUUUAUCUACAUCGACUCAGUGAACCAAACUGUCGUUCCAGGUCUACGUCAACAAGACCCAAAUCAACAUCACUGGCGGGCCGACAAUACCACCAUGUAUGCUCGACUAUGUGAUUCUACUAUGCUCUCACAAGCGGCGAGACGCGCGCUGAUCAAGCGAGAAUUGGAGCGACAUUUGCGACCCUUGGGGCUGGACCGUGAUGCGGAGGACUCCAGACCUGGCGGUGCGGGCGUUUUUUUUUUCGUGUCUCAUGUGGGGGGACACAAAUUUUUGGCCAACGUGCUUAUCUAUCGGAAACAACAGCAGCAAAUGAUUUGGCUGGCUCGUGUGAGACCCGAGCAUUGCGAGGAAAUCGUGAAGCACACGAUUCUAGGGGGUAACGUGGUGCAUCCCGAGACGCAAUUACGUGGUGAAUUUGAUCGUCUACGAGAUUUGACGGGUUGGUGA